UCCAACAUGGCGGAAUAGCUGGUUUUCAAAAAACAGUCAAAAUUACAAUGAAUUUCGUAAUUUUCAGCUUACUAAAGUGGCCGAAAUUUAAAAUUGUUAGAAGCCCAUAGCGUUAGCUAAUGGCUAAAAGAAAAUAUGACGGUCUGGCUCAACUAGUCAGUUCUUAUUUUGACGAAGAUUCAGAAACUACGACUACGUCUGAAAGUGAAGACGAGGAUGAACUACAGAUACCUAGAAAGGAUGGAUGUCUGGAAGUGAAUGGACUUGAAAAUGCUAAGAAGGUUAAAUUGAAUCCAGAUGAAGCAGCAACCAAAAAGGAAAAAACAAGUUUACCUUUACCCACAGGAAUCUUGGAUAUGUUUAAUGACAAAGAUUCAGAGGAUGCUACUAGUCAUGAUGGUAGAGUAAGAUCCUUUGAGCACUUUCCUGGCAACUGGGCCAUGCAUGUCUAUACUCCAUUUCCAGCUCCAAGAURUCUCGGUCCAACUAUUCAGUCUCUGGUUGACAGUUUACCCUCAGCUAUUCCUGCUAAAAUGCAUUUGCUCCCACUGUCUGAUCUUCAUGUUAGUCUAUCGAGAACAGUUCCGGUAAGACACUACUGGAUUGAACCAAUAGUGGAGCAACUGAGGGAUAGUCUUUCCACAAAAGAAAGGUUUAGUUGCACAAUUGAAAAGCCACAAUUUUAUGUUAAUGAUGAAAAAAACAGGUCGUUCCUGGGGUUAAAAAUUUCAACUGGAGAACAUCAGCUCCAGAAUCUUAUCUCUCUUGUUGAUGACGUCUUGGCUGGAUUUGCCUUACCAGAGUUCUAUAAGAAUCCAUCAUUUCACAUCAGUGUUGCCUGGUGUCUUGGUGAUAUCUACACUCAAAUAACAAAGGAUGAUGAGGAUAGACUCCAGACAAUUUUUGAUUCUAUGAUGACAGAGAAAUCCUCGAGUAGUUUGUUGUUUGAUGUCAGAGAAGUCAGAUGUAAGAUUGGCAACAAGCUCUUCACCUUUAGUCUUGCUGAAUGAAGCGACCAUGGGGUGGGCUCAUCAUAAUACAUUUUCCAAAAUCACUGUAAUUUUUUUCUUUUUUUCCUUUUUUUUAUUCUCGGAUGAUUUUGUAGUAGAUAGAGUGAAAGAAUUAAUGUACCCGGUUUUCAUUGAUUGGACUCUGACCACAGGUAGCCCAAGCUUGGUUUCUGUGGUGUCCUGUUAUAAGGGAAUGUAUGGGGAUUCAUUCUUUCGCUCUGUGUGGUUAAUUUUUGAAUUUAGCCCGUUUUAAGGAUUU